GUUGUAGCCAACUAUGAUUUCAAGCCCCAGGACCCCGAGGAGUUGGAACUGAAGAGGGGAGAUAUUGUGCUUGUUAUUGACAAGAAGGACCCUAACUGGUGGUCUGGUGAGAUUGUACGUGGCAGCCAGGUCUUCAGAGGCCUCUUCCCCAAAACAUACGUA